GUCCGUGCGUCACCGGCAGCCGCAGGAGGAAGUUUGUGGAUGGGGUGGGGUGACCGUGGCUGCGUCACCGUCACCAACGAUUUCUGUCACCGCCGGGUCACCCCCGCGGCCACUGGGACAGGCGCACCUGGGCAGGUCCCACCAUGAAGCUGCACCCCAGCACGCGCCUCUUACUGGUCCCAGUCGCGGUGUCGCUGGCCCUGCUGGGGCUGCGCCUGCACCGCUCCCCCGACGCCACCGUCGCCGUCACCCCGCCGGCGCGGGGGGGGUUCCGCUGGCACCGCGCGCCCCCCGGCGACGCCACCCCCAAACCGGCGCCCAGCCGGCACCCCCUGCAGCCCCCGUACCCCCAUCCUUACCGCUUCCUCCUCAACGAGCCGCAGAAAUGCCGCGAGCGGCCGCCGUUCCUGGUGCUGCUGGUGGCCACGGAGCCGGGGGACACCGCGGGGCGAGACGCCGUCCGGAGGACGUGGGGGGACGAGGCUUCGGUGCCGGGGGUUGCCAUGCUGCGGCUUUUCCUCGUCGGCGUCCACCCGGUUUUCGGCGAGGAGCUGCGGCCGGUGCUGGAGGAGGAAAGCCAGGUCUACCGCGACAUCAUCCAGCAAGACUUCAUAGACACCUACAACAACUUGACCUUGAAGACGCUGAUGGGGCUGGAGUGGGUGAGCAAACACUGCGCCAACGCCAGCUACGUGGUGAAGGCCGACCGCGACGUCUUCCUCAACCUCAAAUACCUCGUGCGGCGCUUCCUUUUGCCCAAAAAGCACAACUUUGUGACGGGCCACGUCUACCGCAACACCGGCCCGCUGCGCAACCGCGCCUACAAGUGGUUCGUCCCGUGGGAGAUCUACCCCAACGCCACGUACCCGCCGUACUGCGGCGGCCCCGCGUACGUCAUUUCGGGGGAUUUAGCCCCCAAAAUCUACGGCGUGGCGCAGACGUUGCCGGUGAUCAACAUGGAGGAUUCGUUUGUGGGGAUCUGCCUGCACGCCCUGGGGGUCGGCGUCACCGACGGCCCGCCCGGCGUCUUCAACAUGUUCCGGUUGGAAUACGAGCGCUGCCGCUUCUCCCGCCUCGUCAUGGUCCAUCACUACCAGCCCCGGGAGCUGCUGCGGCUCUGGCCGCAUUUCCAGGAGGAAAACGGCACUUGUCCCCCGUAGUCGGUGCCGGUGGCGCCGUCCCGAGCUCGGGGACACCGGGUUUGGUCGCUUUUGGGAUCUUGGGGGUGUUUCCAAACCUCGGGGAUGGCUUUCCCGCCAAAACUGAAGGAAAAGGUGACGCGUUCCCCUCAGUCGGGGUCACCGCGGUGUCCCCAAGUGUCACCGUCCUCCCUUCUUGUGCCAGAACCCAUUGAAUUCACUGGAUUUUGGGUCAGUC